AUGUCCAGAGUCAAAAGAAUUGCUAAGGAGUUAGAGGAGUGUCGCCAAGAUACUCAAUCGGGUGUCCAACUCGAACUCAUCAACGAAAGCGACUUGACUAGAUUAAUCGGACUUUUCAAGGGCCCACCCGGUACACCUUACGAGGGAGGUCUUUUUAAGGUCGAUAUCAACAUCCCAAAUCAGUAUCCAUUUAAGCCUCCAGUGAUGAAGUUCUUGACUAAGAUCUACCAUCCAAACAUCUCCAGUGUUACUGGAGCUAUUUGCUUGGACAUUUUGAAGGAUGCAUGGACGCCAAUCUUGACGCUAAAGUCAUCUUUGAUCUCCUUGCAGUCUUUGCUACAGUCGCCGGAACCCAACGACCCUCAAGAUGCAGAGGUUGCUAAGCAUUACCUUACCAACAAGGCUGGAUUUGAGGAAACCGCCGCUUAUUGGACUAAGGUUUACGCUGCAGACGAAUCUAGUGGACCAGCUACAGGUCUCAGCGACUCUGCGCUUUAUGGCAUUGAUGAUGAGAUUGUCUGCCAGUUUGAGAACAUGGGCUUUCCUCGUCCUGCAACAAUUGAUGUCUUGAGAAGAAUGGGAAUCAAGUCAUUCAAGGGCAUUGGUGAUCGCGCAGAGGUAGAGAACAAAAUUUUGGAGGAGUUGUUGAAGGAAACUGGUAACUAA